CGAUCAAACCGCCAUAAAAAAAAAUGAAACGAAGCCGAACGUGAUCAUUGACAGCUGCCUUGAAGGAACACAGAGCAGAAAUCUUUAACUAGCAGUUGCAAAAUUGAAGAUUGAGUGUGUGCACGUUCACGAGAAGGGGAAGGGAGAUUUUCUGUCGGCUCGGGCGCAAAGUAGACUCAUGACGAAAUAACAAGACGUCAUCGUCAUGUGCGACCAUUUAUUAUGUUGGAAACAACGGCUGGCCAUAUUGGAGGCUGUUUCUGGGUCAUAUUAUAGCUCAAAGUAAAUAUUAUAGCUCAAAGUAAGAGGCGUCCGUCUCGUAAAAAGACCUACAAACGUGCAGCGGAAGUAGUAGUUGCUGUUAUUCUUUUGGAAAUAAGAUUAAUAUAGUUGGGAGUCAUGUUGGCCCAAUUGGUGUACCAGGAAUUUCUCUCAAAAACAAAACCAUGGUUUCUAUGGUUAUACACAUCAUUGCGGUCGAAUUCGCAACAGGUUCGCGUCCGUCUUCUCCCCAAUCCUCGCUGUUUCUUCGACGAACCGGUGCACGUCAAGGUAGAUGGACUUUAUCCGCACCAGAAAGUGGAAUUGAGGUCCAAACUCAGGGACGAUAAAGGGAUCAUCUUCAAAGCUUCCGCUCUGUACUCCGCAGAUUCUACAGGACAGGUAGACCUGUGCCUCUCCCCCUCUCUGGGUGGAAGUUAUACAGGAGUUGAACCCAUGGGCUUGUUUUGGGCAAUGACGCCCGAGACUCCACACCGCAAACUAUUGAAAAAGAAUGUGUUGAGUUCAAUGAUGGUUGAUAUAGACGCGCUGCACGAGGACACAGGUGAGAUCUUGGCAACACAGACUAUCGAGAGGCAGUUCAUGACGGAAGGGCUGAGGAGGAUACCGUUGGGCAUGAACAAUGGGAGAAUUCGGGGGACCCUCUUUCUACCACCAGGGCCAGGUCCAUUUCCUGGUGUCCUGGAUAUGUAUAUUCUGGGUGGAGGUGUAUCUGAGGUCCGGGCCAGUCUGCUGGCUAACAAAGGCUUUGUGGUUCUGGCGCUGGGCUACUCUGGCUUCCAGGACCUGCCCAAAACCUUACCCAAAUACUUUGACCUGGAGUACUUUGAAGAGGCCAUCACAUUCCUGAGGAGACAGCCACAGGUCCAGGGUCCAGGAAUAGGAAUCCUGUCCAUCUCUAAGAGUGGCGACCUGGCUCUAUCCAUGGCCUCUUUUCUCUCUGGCAUCUCAGCCACAGUCUGGAUCAACGGCUGCAACGCUAAUGUCAUGACGCCACUGCACUACAAAGACCUCGUCAUCCCUCCCCUCGUGCCUAUCCUAGAGAACAUCACCCUCACACCGUCCGGCCUUCUCGAUGUCCGAGACACCGUACCAGAUCAGAUAACAGAAAGGACCCGCGGUUCCGUGAUCCCGAUAGAACGAUCCGGUUCUAGGUUCCUUUUUGUUGUCUCCGAGGACGACAGGAACUGGAACAGCUGUCUCUUUGCCCAGCAGGCCGCCGCCCAGCUGAGGCAUCAUGGGAAAGAUAACUUUGAGGUGGUGACUUACCCCAGGGCGGGUCAUUUCCUGGAGGUGCCCUACAUGCCCCACUGCCCGUCUGGCGUCCACUCUGCGGUGGGUAAAGUGGUGGUGUUUGGGGGGGAAGCUAAAGCCCACCAUGAGGCUCAGCUGGACCUGUGGAGGAGGGUCCCGGAGUUCUUCAGGACACACCUGAAGCACAACAGCAACACUGUCCAGAAAGCCAGACUAUAACACUAAGAGCUCUCCUGGUUGACUACUUUGCAGACUCCUGCCAGAUCUCAAUGUGUGGAUAGGUGUUUAACAUAUCAGCCUACCACAUCAUAUGAUAUAGUAAUCUGAUGUCUUACAGUGCAGUCAAUGAAGUGGCACAACCAUUGCUGAAUGCAAUGCAAUGCCUGCAAUGUAGUCAGCCUGGAACGCAACUAAACUAUCCAAUUGGAGACGAGUAUCAUGAAUAAGCCUGUGAGUGUGCUGCUGUACUUUAUUUAACUGGAUUCUGUUAACAAUAACUUUGAUAUAUUAUAUACAGUACCAAUCAUCUGUUUGUACACA